AUGUCCAUCACGACGCGGGCUGCGGGCUCCAGAAAGCACCAUUUUCAGUGCCUGCUGCACACAGAGGCUGCCCCUGGGCCUCCCACAGCCUUCGUUCAGAGGCCUCCUUCAGCGUUCAGAGUGCGGCGCCAGCCUCCCUGGGUUCCGCGUCUCUCCCCUCGCUCUGCUCUGCACGGCCCCGGAGCCGCCCUUCCAAAACUCACCGCGGACCAGGUCCCCAAGCUCCCCGCUCUGAGCUCCCCGGAAAAUCCUCAGCCCGAAGCCUUUCAGAACCCAGACAGUCUGGGCCUCCUCCUCCGCAGCACCCCCAGUCCCCCGCGGCCCUUCCGCACGGUCCGGCUUCGCUUCGCGCUGCGCCUGCGGCCCGCUGGCCACCUCUGCACGGUUGCUGCGGGCCCCUGUCCUCUCCCUCGACGGGCAGGCCCAGCUGCCAGCUUCCAAGUCCUGGCGGCGAGGCCGAGGCCUACGGAGCUAGGCCUGGCACACAGCGGGGGCGCGGCCCGGAGAAGGGCAGCGUGCGGGAGCGGGCCGAGGCGGCGAGCUCCAAGCGCUCUCCCGGCACGAGCACAGCACGAACGAGGCGCGAAGCGGGAGAGCACAGGGACAGCGCGGCACAGCAGGGGCGAGCCCAGCUGGAGGAGUGCCAGCGAGGAAGCAGUGGAGAAGCCGGAGAGGCGGCCAGGCGGGCACAGAGCCUACAGCUGGCACGGGAGCUUCCCGUAUGCGACCCAGCCCUUGGCUCUUGUGUCUGGGGCCCCAGGGGCCCCUCUGGGAGCGGGGCAGGCGCGGGUCGGGGGGCCUGGCUCCGUCUCUCUCCCGUCUCCAGCAACCUCCCGGGGAACCCCUCGGCCUGCUCUGCUCCCACUGCCUUCCGUCCUGGGGAGCCAAGGUGCACCUGGUGCCACCGGGAAGGCCUUGGCAUGGCCAUGCCAGGCACUGUCCCCCCAUGCCACCAUUGCUGUACCACAGCCAUGCCCCAGCCACCCGGCCACCCGGCCACACAGAAACAAACGUGGGGCACAGCUGCUCACAGCACCUCCUGCACGGGUGGCCCGGGCGCGGGCUGCUGUGCAUGACCUUCGCACACAGAGCCCGCUCUGUCUGGCUCCUGCUCCGGGGCCAUGGCCUCUCAGUCUCCCGAGAGCCUGUUCUGCCCCCUGGUGGCCACUCCCCAAGCCCCUGCCCCUCUCAAGGACUCGCCCUCUUCCUUCUUGGCCUGGCCCCUGCCACAGCAGCUCCUGGCUGCCUGCACUCUUCCCUCAGAGCACGCUGCCGGAGCAGACGCUGAGGAGCCCCGGCCCAGCCUGCCCACUAAGGCUGGUGUGGGCAGCAAGGGCUUCUUGAGGUGACCAACUGUUGCCCUUCACUUGAGACAGGGGUUUCUCAAGUCUUGAGAUAUUCCGUGCUAACACUGAGCAAGUUCAAGGAAAAUCAGGAGCGGUCGGAGACCGAAGCUUGUCCCAGGCCAGCGCCCCAGCCUGAUCCUGCCGCACAGCCCUCACAGACCCACUGACCUUCAGGGUGGCCUUUCUCGUCAGAGUGGCGCCCUCAGAUAAGGGCCCUCCCACCUCCUCAGACCUACCUUACCUCCGAGGAGAGGCAGAAGUGGGGAGAGUACCCCCAAUUCUUCUGUCUCCUCUGACCACCCCCCCCCAGAAGGCAUCUCUGGAUGUGCGGGCCUCAGGAGGAGCAGACCCCAGACGCAGGGUACACAGCUUAGAUCCAGAGCCACGCGUUCUGUCCUUCCACGUGAGAACGAACCUAUGAGGUAGCGAGCCCCCUUGCUCUGGGCAGUUCUGGGGACCACAGGUUGCCCAGGAGGAGGUCCUGCCCUCUGGCCCCUCUGGCUGACUGACGGGAGGAGGGCCUCCUGCUGACAGCCCACAGCCUGGGAGUGGGGAUGAAGGGCAGGCAGGUGGCCGAGAGGGGGCAGCAGAAUCUAGGACAGCCUGUGGCUCAGGCCGGAGAAGAGCUGCGGCACGGGCAGGGGCUCUGGAUUGGGGUGGGAACACAGAGAAAGAGGCAAGGAAAGAAGGAACGAUGGAGUCAGGGAGGCGGGCUCAAGGCGGGGUGGAGGUGGAGAUGGAGGUGCUUGUAGAGAGACAGAGAAACACGGAGAGACAGAGAAACAGAGACAGAGGAAGCAACAGGAAGGCGAAAAUGGAAGACUGACAGACCCGGAAGAGAGAUGCACACAGACCAGGCUGGAGACAGCGAGCCACAGACAAAGCAGAAGCACAGAGGGGAGAGGGGAUGAGAAGUGGAGACAUACCUGCAACAGUGACGAGGUGAGAGACUGGGAAGAUACGAAGAUAAAGACCAGGGCAAAGGUACUCAGAGAGGAAUGGGAUGGAAAGAGACCCGAUGCCGAGAUGUGAGUGAUCUCAGUAAGGACAGGGACAGAGGCAUCUGGAGUGGUGAGAACGGCCACGGCCACGCUGAGGACAGGCAGGGUGACCAGGGCGCGGCCAGAACAGACACUGGGAGCGUUUCCCACCUGAGGAAAGCAAACAGAACUAGUGGUCUGUAAGGCCGACCGCAGGGCCACUGUGCACUUCGGCUCGGGGUCCAAACUCUCUCCCUAGGUCUCUCUGUAGUGUGUUAAUCCCCUGGGUUCUGUCUCAGUUGCAGGAACCGAUGUCUUGGCUGAGCGUGGCGAUGCGCACCUGUAAUCCUAGCACUUGGGAGGCUGAGGCAAGAUGAUUGCUAUGAAUUCAAGGCCAGCCUGAGCUACAUACCCCCAGAACCACCAUAGGGAAGGGAUGUGGAGGGACAGUAGCCAACGGAGGACAGCAGACGUCAGCCGGGAACCUCCAAGGUAGGCGUCCUCAGUGAGGCAGAGGAGCCGGGCCUCGCAAGCGUGAAGGGCAGAUAAACACCCCUGCUGCCCGCUGCCCACCUGGGCUCAGCACAGAGCUGGGUCCCUCUUGAGUUUGGGCGCAGGGGAUACCCCAGUCCUCCCCUCCAUAGGUCUCCAGGGCUCCAGCAGGCCUGCUCCCUUCACCCCCUCCUCCCCAGGCCUCGCCUCAUUGCUUUCCCAUGUUGCUAAGAGGUCAGAUUGCUGACGCCCAAGACCUGGGCGGGCGGUGCGUGGGUCAAGGCUGACCAAGGCUCUCAAGGCAGGAAGGCAGCCCAGGCCAAAGGCCCUCCAACUUCCGCCCACCCACCCCAAGACAGAGAAGUGCGGGGUUCUGACACGGCCAGGAACAGCGUCUUGGCAAGAGCUGGCGAUCCUUCAUUCUCUCUGCUCCUCCCGGACCUGCAGGACGGCUUCUGUCCGGAGCCUCAUCUCAAGGGAUCAAACAGGCAGAACUGGGGGUCCAGGGAGCAGAGGAAGAUCAAUGGGCACAUUUCAAGGUGUCCGCUCGGGAGCCUCCCCCGUGAACACAGCCACACACUCCCACAGCUGGGCUCUUCAGCUUGAAAAGCCGCAGGCCUCCCCGACACCAGGCCUUUGUCUCCCGCAAGUCUCCCACCUGGAGCACCCUCUGCCCUGCGCCUGGAGGACAGCCACCACCUCCCUUCUGCGGCUUCUCACUGGGCCCAGCUCAGGGACUGCCCUCCAGGCCUGACUCAUCAGUGCUCCAAGCACUUCCUUGGGCAAGGUCCCAGGGGGGCCUGGGAAGGCCAGGGGGCGCAUCUGCCCUCAGAGCCGGUCUGAGGAGAGGGGUGCGAGCGGGGGUGGGAAGGCGUGGGGGGUGUGCUGAGCACCUGCUCUGGGGGCGUGCACCGGGCUGGAGGCCUAGAGCAAGGCCAACCCUGGUGUGGGGCUGGAGCUCUGGCGACCCCGCGCCCCCACUCCCAGGUCAGAGGGUUUGCCACGUAGGCCCAGCCCCGGGGCACUCUCAGCUAAGGAGUCUCGGAGAGGUGGCUUCCAUGAGGUAGGCUGGAGCUAAGUAGGGCCGGAGCAGCCAGGAGAAACAGAGGGACCUUGACCCCAAUUUGGAGACUGGAGCUGGACCAACGCCUGGCCACCUUGUAAACCAAAACCCUGCCGGCCCCUCUGCAGCUCCGCACUGAGUCUUAACUGUACUGUAAUCGAAACCUGGCGUCAGCCCUGCCCUCUGCAAUUCCAGGCCUUGAAUGCCGGUCCAAGCCCCAGUCAUUCUCCACGCAGCCUCCUCCUUCAGGCAGCCUACCCUGCCUGCCCAGGUCCAGGGCACCGUGCUCAGAGCCCCCGGGAGCCCGAGGCCCAACCUGCUGCCCCUCACUGUGUCUCCUGAACAGCAGCGCGAGCAUGCAUGCGCACGCACACACACCUGCCCCACAGGCGAUGCCAGGUGGCCCCCACCUUCUUCGUUUCUGCCUGGAAGGUAGCUCUGCAGAUGGUCUUCAGCAAGACCCCUGGCUUGCCCAGAGCUUCAGCGGCCUCCAGGACUGACUGAAGACGCUGUGUGGGAACAGUCCCCACUGGCAUCUCCUUUCCCACAAGUCCGCUCCCGGCUGCACUCUCCAGGGAAGCCCAACUCCACAGGAAGUGGAGAGCACUUCCCGCGCC